AGAUAAAAGUUGAAGGCCUUAUAGGCAGCCGUCAAGAUAUUGGUUAUCAACGUUUAUUUAAAUGUUUCUCAGUCAUUUGAUAACGACCUCAUUAUGUGGGUUGCAAUUGCCCAUUCAUAGUGAAAUACGUAUUGUCAGUUGUGUGACGAAGUGGUCGUACAAGUACAUACCCACUACACCACAACAAUGUCCCUAAAUUCUGAGUUCACCUUCAGCGAAAGCUUUGAAGUAACUGAAGAUAUCAAGCGGGUGUUCGACGGGAAUGGAUUUAUACUGCUAAGGGGCGUCCUGGACAAAGAGGAACUGUCAAAGGUUGAACACACAUUAACUGGAUCAGAUGCUAUUACUAAAAACAUUUACCUGGAUACCCAUGAUGGUGACAGGAGGACCGACAAGAUCAUGUGGUCAUUUCCCGGAAAUGACGUCACAGGAAUGGUGGCACGAAGUGAAAAGAUUGGUGGAACAAUGGAAAAGUUACUUGGAGGAGAGGUAUACCACUAUCACACCAAACUGAUGAUGAAGGACGCCGGAACUGGAGCCAGAUCCGUGUGGCAUCAAGACUAUGGGUAUUGGUAUCUCUAUGGUAACCUUUUCCCUGACAUGGGCACUGUCUUCGUUGCCUUGGACCCCUGCAGGAGAGACAACAGUUGUCUACAGGUCCUUAGGGGCUCACACAAAUGCGGACGACUGGACCACCACAGGGUGAUAGGUCAGAUGGGAUGUGACGAGGAGAGAGUGCGCCAGAUACAGGAACACUGUCCCCUAGAAUACAUAGAAAUGGAAGCAGGUGACGCCCUCUUCUUUCAUUGUAAUCUGAUCCACGCAAGCAGUGAUAACACAAGUAACAGGAGGAGGUGGGCCUUCCUGACAGCCUACAACAGAGCCAGUAACAAUCCCGUUAUAGAACACCAGCAUCCCCAGUAUACACCGCUAGACAAGGUUCCAAACUCUGCAAUAAAGUCAUGCACGAAUUACACGGAUAUGGAUGGGAAGCGUUUCCUUGGACCGGAAUACAAAGUUAUUCUACCGUCAAAUUAACAAACAAAAAAAGUUCGAACAUAGUGCAAUGCAUAUAUGUAUGAGGAAGUAUGAGACAGAAUGUAUUACACGGAACCGGUUCAUGACGCAAAGUACUUUCAGCAUAGAAAUCACUAUUUCAUCGUUAGCAUGUAUGUAUGAUUAAACGAAGCUUAUUAUUUCAUCCUUUCUGUUAAUUGAUUAUUUUUGUACAUAAUAAUGCUUGUUUAGUCUUAACUUUUCUUGAGGAAGGGGUGUAUAAUUGCGAAUUAUGAUCCAGAUUUGUUUUAAAAACACUUUUCUUUACAUAAUGCUAAUGUAUGUUUAUAUAAGAAUACACCUGAACACGAAUGAAAAAAAAUACACAUAUUGAUCAACAUGAAUUUUUUUUUAAAUUAUUUUACAUCUUUUACCCACUAAACGUUUUCAGUAGGUCCGAUGACAAAGCGAGUCGCAUUCAAGUUGUGUGAAUAUAAGCACUAAGGACCCUAACAGCGGAUGAUUGAUGAGGUUACAAGUCAAGUAUUGAAGAGUGAAUGUGGAGGUUUAAAGUAUCUCAAUUUUUCAUGAACACUUAUUUUUGUAAUGUGCUUCAAACAACAUUUCAUGAGAAUGAACGUUUUUCAAAAUGUACAAGAAUCAAUUUUCAUU